AUGUCUACCAGAAGGUCCUCCCGUUUGCGUACUGCUACCGUUCAAGAUUCAACGCUUCCCGCGGUAGCUCCAACGAAAUCCGUGAAGGGUGGCAAGAAACGGAAAAGCACCACCAAAGACGAAGACAAGCCUACUGUUGGAAGCAAAGAUGUUGAACCCUCGACUCCCAAACGAAAAAGGGUCGCUAAGCGUCCAUCAUCCUCCCCAGAAGCUCCAACGCCCGCUGUCACGAAGCUGCUAUCCAUGUACCAUGGCCCUGGCGAGGUCAAUAUUGUGAUCCGCCCUCCCGUUGUUAAUCGUCUUGCGGUCCCAAAUGGCACAAAUGCACAAUUGGUGUCUCCAGAGACUCGUCGCCUUGUCUCAAACAAACCGCUUGACCAAGUCUCCCCUUCUAAAAAGCCUAAUGGUACGACUACGACGAAGAACAUUCUUGAUGCAGCAUUGGAGCAUCUUAUUCAGGUGGAACCAAAAUUGAAACCAGUGAUUGAAAAGCAUCCUUGCAAUGUUUUCUCGGAAGAAGGUUUGGCUGAGGUCGUUGAUCCUUUCAGUAGUCUAGUCAGUGGAAUAAUCUCACAACAAGUAUCAGGAGCUGCUGCGAAGUCCAUUAAGGCCAAGUUCGUCGCACUCUUCAAUGAAGGAGAGGACGCGUCUUCUCACGGCUUUCCGACACCAUCUAUGGUCUGCGCAAUGUCUAAUGAAGCCCUACACAGUGCAGGACUCUCAAAACGUAAAGCGGAAUAUAUCAAAGGACUUGCUCAGAAAUUUCAUGAUGAAGAGCUAACAACAGAUAUGCUCUUUUCUGCUUCGUAUGAAGAAGUACUUGAAGCUUUGACGAAGGUAAGAGGGCUUGGGAAGUGGAGUGUGGAAAUGUUUGCUUGCUUUGGCCUGAAAAGAAUGGACGUAUUUUCCACUGGCGAUCUAGGUGUUCAAAGGGGUAUGGCAGCCUUGGCUGGAAGAGACGUGGCGAAAUUGAAGAAGGGGAAACACAAGUUCAAGUUCAUGGCGGAGAAGGAAAUGGAAGAAACCGCUGAGAAGUUCAAGCCAUACAGAAGCGUAUACAUGUGGUAUUGCUGGAGGGUUGAAGAUGUGGACAUUAGCGCCUUUGAUUGA